AUGCGUGCCAGAAACCCCCAUUCUCCUUUUCAAAGACAACAUAUGAUGGAUUGCGAUCUCUCAGCCCAGCAGGACACGGGGACCAUGCGAGCUGUAAUUGGUCAGGAUCCAAUGAUAGCUGGACAAGUCAGUAAGCCCUUGCUGUCAGUGCGGAGUGAAAUGAAUGCGGAGUUGGGAGGUGAGGACAAGGCUGCUACUUCAGACAGCGAGCUGAAUGAGCCCCUGCUUGCGCCCGUGGAAUCAAAUGACAGCGAGGACACUCCCAGCAAGCUCUUCGGGGCCAGAGGAAACCCGGCGCUGUCAGACCCAGGCACCCCUGAACAGCACCAGGCCAGUCAGACCCACCCCCCGUUCCCGGUUGGUCCACAGCCACUUCUGACGGCCCAGCAGUUAGCCUCUGCUGUCGCCGGGGUGAGGCCGGGAGGCACGCCGGCCCUCAGCCAGCCUGUCCUCAUCCCCUUCAGCAUGGCCGGGCAGCUGGGAGGGCAGCAGGGGCUGGUCCUCACACUGCCCGCUGCGAAUCUCACCAACAUCCAAGGGCUGGUAGCAGCAGCUGCGGCGGGAGGCAUUAUGACUCUGCCACUGCAAACUCUACAAGCUACCUCAUCCCUCAACUCCCAACUGCAGCAGCUCCAGCAGCUGCAGCAGCUCCAGCCGCCGCCGCCGCCGCCCGCCCCGCCGGGCAGCCAGCACCCGCAGGCGCCCCCGCAGUCCCAGCCGCCGCCGCCGCCCGCCUCCCAGCCGCCGCCGGCUCCUCCCGCCCACCCUCAGCCCCAGAGCCGGAACCAACCGUCUCCAACCCAGCAGAGCUCCAGCUCCCCUCAGAAAGCCAGCCAGUCUCCGGGACACGGCCUCCCGUCGCCGCUCACGCCACCCAAUCCUCUGCAGCUGGUUAAUAAUCCACUAGCAAGUCAGGCUGCAGCGGCUGCAGCAGCAGCAGCCAUGGGCUCCAUAGCAAGUUCACAGGCCUUUGGCAAUGCCCUCUCCAGUCUGCAGGGGGUCACGGGUCAACUAGUUACUAAUGCACAAGGACAGAUUAUUGGGACCAUUCCUCUGAUGCCGAAUCCGGGGCCAUCGAGCCAAGCAGCAAGCGGCACUCAGGGCCUACAAGUGCAGCCGAUCACCCCCCAGCUCCUGACCAACGCCCAGGGCCAGAUCAUCGCCACGGUCAUCGGGAACCAGAUCCUGCCAGUGAUCAACACCCAGGGCAUCACGCUCUCCCCCAUCAAGCCCGGUCAGCAGCUCCACCAACCCUCCCAGACGUCAGUGGGUCCAGCAGCCUCCCAAAGCAGCCUUCUGCACCUGGCUCACAGCCAAGCAUCCAUGUCUCAAAGCCCCAUCCGGCAGCCUUCCUCUUCUUCCUCCUCAUCCUCCUCUUCUUCGGCUUUGAGCGUGGGCCAGUUAGUCAGCAAUCCUCAGACGGCAGCGGGUGAGGUGGAUGGGGUCAAUCUGGAGGAGAUCCGCGAAUUUGCCAAAGCUUUUAAAAUCCGGCGCCUGUCCCUUGGCCUGACGCAGACUCAGGUGGGCCAGGCUCUCAGUGCCACAGAGGGCCCCGCGUACAGCCAGUCGGCCAUCUGCAGACACACCAUCCUGAGAAGCCACUUUUUCCUACCACAGGAAGCCCAAGAGAACACUAUAGCUAGCAGUCUGACAGCCAAACUGAACCCUGGCCUUUUGUAUCCUGCCAGGUUUGAAAAGCUGGACAUCACCCCUAAAAGUGCCCAGAAGAUCAAGCCGGUGCUUGAGCGGUGGAUGGCUGAGGCUGAGGCCCGCCAUCGGGCAGGUAUGCAGAACCUGACCGAGUUUAUCGGGAGUGAGCCGUCCAAAAAGCGCAAGAGGCGCACCUCCUUCACGCCCCAGGCCCUUGAGAUCCUCAAUGCCCACUUUGAGAAGAACACGCACCCCUCUGGGCAGGAAAUGACCGAAAUUGCCGAGAAGCUGAACUAUGACCGCGAAGUAGUUAGAGUUUGGUUCUGCAAUAAGAGGCAAGCCCUGAAGAACACAAUUAAACGCUUAAAACAGCACGAGCCCACGGCAGUCCCUCUGGAGCCCUUAACAGACUCACUGGAAGAAAAUUCCUAAAGAGACGCCCACCGGAA